GCCAAUUGCCAAUUGCCAACUGCCAAUUGCCAUCUCUCUCUUCAUAAGUUGUACGUAAAUUAUAGAAAGUCUCACAUCCUCCUUCCUCUCUACUUUCCAUGGUCAUGGGGGCUCACCGUCGUUUCGAGCCAAUUUCGAAAUGCAGCAACGAGGGAAGAUCGAAUCAGACGGUGGCUGCGGACUUGGAUGGCACUCUUCUUUUGUCACGGAGUGCUUUCCCUUAUUUCAUGCUGGUUGCUCUGGAAGCUGGCAGCCUAGUGAGAGCACUUGUUCUCUUAGUAUCGGUCCCGUUUGUGUAUUUGACGUACUUGUUCAUCUCUGAAUCUGUGGCCAUUAACACCUUCAUUUUCAUCACCUUUGCGGGGUUAAAAGUGAAAGACAUAGAGCUCGUUUCGAGAUCUGUCCUGCCCAAGUUCUAUGCUGAGGAUGUUCAUCCUGAGAGCUGGAGGGUUUUCAGCUCCUUCGGCAAGAGGUAUAUUAUCACCGCGAAUCCUAGGAUCAUGGUGGAGCCGUUUGUCAAGACAUUUUUAGGAGCUGACAAGGUUAUUGGAACUGAGCUGGAAGUGACGAAGUCAGGCAGGGCAACUGGGUUCACCAUUAAACCAGGAGUUCUCGUCGGAGAACACAAAAGGGCCGCCAUCUUGAAGGAAUUUGGCACGAAUUUGCCAGAUUUGGGUCUAGGAGACAGAGAAACUGACCACGAUUUCAUGUCAUUAUGCAAGGAAGGAUACAUGGUGCCAAGAAGCAAGUGCGAUCCAUUACCAAGGAACAAGCUUCUAAGCCCUAUCAUAUUUCAUGAAGGUCGCUUGGUCCAAAGACCUACCCCCGUGGCUGCCCUCUUGACCUUCCUAUGGCUACCUAUAGGCUUCAUCCUCUCCCUGCUCAGGGUCUACCUCAACAUCCCUUUGCCGGAGAGGAUUGCUCGAUACAACUACAAAAUCCUAGGAAUCAAACUAAUUGUUAAGGGUAAUCCUCCACCCGCACCUAAGAAAGGCCAAAGCGGAGUCCUCUUUGUUUGUAACCACAGAACAGUGUUAGACCCAGUUGUCACGGCUGUUGCCUUAGGCAGGAAGAUUAGCUGCGUUACUUAUAGCAUUAGCAAAUUCACAGAGAUUAUUUCCCCCAUUAGAGCUGUUGCUUUAUCCAGGGAAAGAGAGAGAGACGCGGCUAACAUCAAGCGCCUCCUGGAGGAAGGUGAUUUGGUAAUUUGUCCCGAAGGGACUACUUGCAGAGAGCCAUUUCUAUUGAGAUUCAGUGCACUGUUUGCUGAACUGACAGACAGGAUUGUGCCGGUCGCAAUCAACACGAAACAGACAGUUUUUCACGGAACAACAGUUCGGGGACACAAGCUCUUGGAUCCUUACUUUGUUUUCAUGAACCCAAUGCCAACCUACGAGAUCACCUUCCUGAACCAGCUGCCAGCUGAGCUCACUUGCAAAGGUGGAAAAUCAGCCAUCGAGGUUGCAAACUACAUACAAAGGGUGCUGGCUGGGACACUGGGGUUCGAGUGCACUAACUUGACUAGGAAGGACAAGUAUGCUAUGAUGGCAGGAACCGAUGGUCGUGUUCCAUCCAAGAAGGAAAAAGAACAGGAAAAGGAAAAAGCUUAAGGAAAAAAGGAUCAGAAUAUUCAGAAGCAAAUUAAUUUAUAUUAAUUUGUCUAUUUGUUUUGCCAUUAUGUUGAAAACUUUGUCUUAACAAAUAAAAAAUUGAUUGUUAUCUUAAUUAUAAAAAUAACAAAUAUGUAUAUUUUCCUAUUA